AUGGUCGGUGAGGGUAGAGUCUUCCGCACUUUCUGCACGCACAUCAACAGGGCAGCUGAGGAAUUUCCAUCCGGACUGGAACGCGACUUCGCCCAGCAUUUCUCUGUAAGCUUUCUCGAAUUUUGGAAACAGGCACUCUGCAACACCCCGUCGGCCCCUACACCGACCUACAGCAGCGUAGCUGCCACUGCCACUGCCGCCGCCAUCGCCACCGUCUCUCCCAUUCGACCAUCCACCACCUCAUCUGUUUACCCACAGCCGCUUCCUACAGCUACGCAUCGCCAAGGGCAACGAACACCUGCCCCAUCCCGAGAAGACCUUCGAGUUUUCGUCCGGCUCGACGCCGAUUUGCCGGCGAGGAACCACAUCGGCUACGUCAUUCGCGCUCACGUUGCGAGCAAGACCGGACUUGAACUCAACAAAAUCCCGCAAGUCGUUCAAGUGAACACAGGUUGGGCCAUCCGUGCUGUAGACAAGACUACUCGUGACCUCCUUUUAGAACGCCAGGCCGAAUGGGCCGAUGAUCUCGGCGCAUCCGCCGUCGAGGCCUGGCAUACGUACGCAGUGAACAACUGCCCCGAAGACUGA